UCAGUUCGCUUAGUUCGCGCGCGGGGCCCCGGCGAUUGGGACGGCCGACAAAACACGAGUUACAACGACCACGACGACGACCACGACCACGACGUCGGGCUGAACGGGUAUUGAGGUCGACGACAAGAUUCGCGAUAGAAGCACGAGGAACGACCGACGUAAAUCCUCGAGAACUUAACCUGCGACACUUUCUGUUUCGCGAACGCGCUUUCGAAAGCUCUUCAAGGGGCAAGGAGUGGGGUGCAGAUUUGCCGAUUUGAGGUAAAUCGAUCGAGAGAUCGUUAUUAGACCGAGGGAAGCCGUAAGGCUUAAAUGGUGCCGCUCGGCGGUGCCUUUGUGAACUAAGGGAAGUGAGGAUAAGGUGGAAUAGAAGACAUUAGGAGAGCUAAGGCGAUCGCACAAGAGGCAGGAGGUUUUACAGGUAGAAGAGGCACCCUUGUAAGAUGGGGGUCGCCGAUGACUUCGCCCCCAGCUUUACGCAGAAGCCUCAGCUGCGCCAGGAAGACGAGGGCAACCGGUUGAUUUUCGAAUGUCAGCUGGUGAGCUCACCGAAACCUGAGAUAUCCUGGUUCCGGGGUGAAACACAACUGAAUGAGGAUGCCAGGACAAACUUCAAAAUUCAAAGUAUAGGAACAAACAAGUUCCUCGUGGUGCUCGAGCUCGAUGACGUCAUCGAGACAGACGCUGGCCUUUACAAGGUCAAGGCCAAGAACAAGAUGGGAGAGGUCGCCGCGUCCAUCAACCUCAAUUUUAGUCCUGCCGAGCAAGAAAAAGAACGACAAAUCGACGGUAUUGCACCGACUUUUGCAAAGAAGCCCGCGAUAAGACAAGAGGACGAUGGGAAGAGAUUACUUUUCGAAUGCCGUAUCACUGCCGAUCCCACGCCGAAAGUUUCGUGGUUUCACAAUGGGAAUCUCGUGAAAGAUUCGUCGAGGCAUAAGCUGACCGUGGACAAGGACGGUCAUUCGUACUUCGCGACGUUGGAGAUAAAAAACGUGACUGUUGAGGAUGCUGGAAAAUACAAAGUCACCGCGAAGAACGAGCUGGGCGAGUCAAACGCGACAAUAUCCCUGAAUUUUGACAGCGACGAGGCUCCCGUGCCCGAGGAUGGUAUCAAACCGACCUUCACCGAGAGGCCUGUCAUCAGGCAGUCUGACGACGGGAACACGAUCACGUUCGAGUGCCGGUUGGUUGGGGAUCCCAAGCCCACCGUCAAAUGGUUUCAUGGGAACGACGAGGUGAAGGAGGGAGGCCGUUUCACCACGUCACUGGAACAGGACCAGAAGCUCUAUUACCUGGCCAGGCUACAGAUCACGAACGUGGCCAAAGCGGACGGAGGCGAGUACAAAGCAGCGGCAAAGAACAAACAUGGCCAGGGCGUCGCGACGAUUAAUCUGAACUUCGAGGGUGGCGACAAGCCAAAAAUACCCGACGGAAAGCCACCGCGUUUCCCGAAGAAACCAACUAUCCGUCAGGAGGGUGACAUCCUUAUUAUGGAGUGCAUCCUGGAGGCUCAUCCGGUACCGGAUAUCACGUGGUACCAGGGAAACAAGGCUAUCGCUGAUAGUCCACGUGUUAAGAUGUCGCGCAAGUCUACUGGAAAGGAUACCUAUUUACUCUCUCUGGAGAUCUCAAAUCCUACCAAGGCAGACGGUGGGAAUUAUCGGUGCAACGCAUUUAACAGCUACGGCGAGAGUAACGCUAACAUCGCUCUCAACUUCCAAGAUGACGGCGCAGGAUUCGCACCAUCUUUCAUCGAGAAGCCGCGUAUAAUACCAAACGACAGUGGCACUCUGAUUACUAUGAAGUGCAAGUGCAAGGCUAAACCAAAGCCCGACGUCACAUGGUUCCGUGGUACCACGGUCGUCAAACAGUCCUCGAAGAUCACUAUCAAGACGAGCGAUAUUGAGGAGGACAUAUACGAACUUAUCCUUGAAAUUAAGGAUCCGUCAGGCCCCGACGGUGGCACCUAUCGGUGUCACGUGAAAAACGAAUAUGGCGAAAGCAACGCCAACUUGAACCUCAACAUCGAGGCCGAACCCGAGCCCGAAGGAGAUGGACCCACGUUCGUGGAUAAACCACGAAUUCAGUCUGAAAAUCAGGGCAAGCUCGUCAUCAUGGAUUGCAGGGUCAAAGCUGCACCCAAGCCCGAUAUUGUUUGGACUCGUGCAGGUCAGGUCGUUAAGGAGUCGUCAAGGAUAUCCAUCAGCAUCACCAAGGAGAAGGAGGAUAUUUAUUACAUCAAAUUGACUUUGAGUGACCCUGGAGCAGAAGAUUCUGGUCUCUAUAAGUGCAACAUCAAGAAUAACUUGGGAGAGCUCAAUGCUAAUCUUACUCUCAAUGUUGAAAUUGUACCUGUCAUCAAGGAGAAACCUAAGGUCAUCAAAGUCGUAAAGAAGAAGACUGUGAUCGUAGAGUGCCACGUGCUCUCUAAGUUCGCACCAGACUGUACUUGGUAUAAGGAAACCAAGGCCGUUAAGGAGGACAGUCGACACACUGUUCACGUUGAGAAGGUCAAGGAGGGUGAGUUUGCGGUGAAGCUGGAGAUCGAGCAAGUAUCGGUUGCCGAUAAAGGUCAAUAUAAGCUGGUGGCAAGGAACGAGAAAGGAGAGGCUACCUCUCAGGUGGUGGAGAUCACUGAGAUACCGGAUGAUGGGGGCGAGAAGCCUAAAUUCGCUUCCGGUCUUAAGUCGAUCACCGUGGAGGAAGGCAAAUCCGUCGAGUUUCUGGCCAGCCUUUCUCAACAGGAUAGGAAGGUCACCGUAACAUGGUACAAAAAUUCGACGGUGAUCAAGUCCUCCAAGGAUGUGAAGAUAACCUUCAAUGGAACAGAUAUGAGGCUCAGCAUCUCGUCUGUGACAAAGGAGUUUGUUGGAUCUUACAAGGUCGUCGUCAGCAACGAGUUCGGCAAGGAUGAAUCGUCGGCCGAACUUAUUAUUAAGAAAAAGGAGGAGAAGAAGAAGGAGGAAGAGGAGGAGAAAGAGGAAAAGAAGAAGGUGGAGGAGAAGAAAAAGAUUGAAGAAGAGAAGAAGAAGGUUGAAGAAGAGAAGAAGAAGGUUGAAGAAGAGAAGAAGAAGGUUGAAGAACAGAAGAAGAAGGUUGAAGAAGAGAAGAAGAAGGUAGAAGAAAAGAAGGAGGAGAAGAUUCUGAGCGACGAAGAGGAUGAGGAACCGGUGAGUGUAGUAGAGUCCAGUACCGCGGAACCUAUCGUCGAAGAACCAGAAUCAGAACCCGUUUCUCAGGUCGAGGAUAUACCGGCUUUGCAAGCAAACGGUAUCGACAAACCAGUUUCAAAGAAACCAGAGCCAAAGGUGAGUGAAAUCUAUCGAACAAGAAGUUAUUCGAAGGAAGAAGUCAACAAUGUCGAAAAGAUAGAGGAGGAGAGAAAAUCUAUCAAGAAGAAGGUAGAGAAGAAGGAGGAAGAAAAGAAAGAGCCUGAAAAGGUGAAGAAGAUCAUCAAGAAGAAGGAGCCUGAAUCUAAGGAGGCUUCUCGCGAAACCACACCUAAGCCAGAGAAGACGAUAGCCAACCGCAAACAAUCUGUCACUAGAGUCGAGGAGCUUAGAACUGAAAGUCGUCGCAGCUCUCUUGUCACUACACAGGAACAGAUUACACAAGAUGGUACAAAAUCACCAGAGCGUCGCACCUCUGUGCAUAAGGUGGAUGAAGAAGUGAAGACAGAAAGCCGUCGAUCAUCCAUCGUGCAAAAGAAGUCUACCGUUGAAAAGAAAGAGGAACCUGCCCCUAAACCUAAAACAACUCUUGGUAAACCAGAAGAACCCAAGAAAGAGGAACCAGUUCCGAAAUCUAAAGACACUCUUGGUAAACCGGAAGCACCCAAGAAGGAUGAACCCACUCCAAAAUCCAAGGCUACACUUGGCAAACCUGAAGAGCCCAAGAAAGAGGAGGAGACGAAGAAAUUCGGUCUUAAGGCAGGCACAAAGAUUGAGGAGGAAAAGAAGGCGCUCAACAAGGUCGAACUUAAGCCGCAGGAAAGUGAGCCAGAGGCCAAACCGAAACUACGUAGACCACCGAAAAUGGAGAUAAAAAACGAACCCUUCCAAUCGAUCCAGCUCAAACCCGUUGCCAAGAAAACAAAACAGCCUCAGCAGGCUGAAAAUGGCACGGUUGUUGAGCUUAAGAAAACCGAAAAGGGCGAGAAGCUCGAGGCUAAGAAGAUGAAAAGUUCUAAGGCCGCCAAAGAAAGCAGCUAUGAGCUUCCAGAAAUUCCAGACUACGAAAGAGCCGUCCUGGAGAAGCCUCAGGAGUUCGACUUUGGCGAUCAUGUACCUCGCGACAAGACCAAACUCGACAGACCCGCCGCUCAGAAGUUUGACUCGAAGCCGAAGCUACCAGAGAUCAAAGCACCGGAAGCACCGAAGAUCGAAGUCAUCAAAGACGCCACACCCGCCGGUAGUAGGAAAGGUUCUCUCGCUCCAGGAAGCGGAAGUAACAGCCGAAGAGGCUCCCUCAUUCCGCCAGAGGAAUUGGGUCGUAGACCCAGCUUGCUCAUCAGUGACGAGGUGGGAAAAUUACGGCCCGGCGAGGUGUUAGACGCCAAGAUUAAAUCCAGCCGCCCUGGCGAACUACAGUCUGAGAAGCAGCGGCGUCGUCCCAGCGCGGACGUCAGGAGACCCAGCGUGGCGGACUUGGAAAAUAAAAUCAACCAGCCCAGCACACCUCUUCGCGAUGUCGGACCAGGUGGACCACCUCAAAUUGUCGAUGUGCAGGAGACUUACACCGCCGUGGAAGAUUCUACGGCUUACCUCACCGUCGCCGUUGAGGGUAAUCCUGCACCAACCUUCAAGUUCUACAAGGGUAUUACCGAAAUCAUUGAGGGAGGUAGGUUCAAGUUCCUCACGGACUCGGAGACCAACACGAUCACCCUCUGUAUGAGGAAGACGAAACCCAACGACGAGGGUACCUACAAGAUCGUCGUGAGCAACAUCCAUGGCGAAGACUCUGCCGAGAUGCAGCUUUACGUGUCUGAUGCCAGCGGUAUGGACUUCAGGGCUAUGCUGAAGAAGAGGAAGUACCAAAAGUGGGCAAGGGAGGAUGCCGAUCAGGAGAAGGUGGACCUGAAGGAGGUGGAGAAACCCAUGCCAGCUCUGAAGAAAGUCGAGAAGAAAUCGGAGACUUUCCUGAAGCCGCUGGUAGACCAAUACGCCAAAGAGGGUAAAGACAAGAAGGUCGUUUUCGAAGCCAACUUCAGCAAGCCCAACUGUAAGCCAAAAUGGUUCUGCCGCAAAGACGAAUUGUUCGCAUCAGCGAAAUACAAGUUCAAGAACGAGGACGACUCCUACCAGCUCAUCAUCGUGGGUCCCAAAGUGGAUGAUACCGCAAAGUACACGAUCGAUAUCAAUGGUGUAUCUUCCACAGCUUUCCUCAACGUCGACGAACCUGACCCAUCUUACACCUUCACAAAACCAUUGUCCAAGAAAACCAGUGGAUUUACUAAACACGAGGCAUACAUGGAAUGUACAGUCAGUUCCAAUCUUGCACAGGUGUCAUGGUACAAGGGUAAAACUAAGCUUGAGGACGGUGACAUCUACAGCAUAUCAAAGGAUAUGUCUGGGGUCUGCAGGCUUAGUAUUAAAAGUGCAACGCUUGAGGAUAGCGGCGAAUAUUCCUGUAAGAUAAAUAAACAGACGGACAAGACAGAAACGGUUCUUACUAUUGUUGAGUACCCAUACAAGUUCGUCAAAGUUCUGAAACAUCAACAAUUAGUUGAGAAGGAGACGGUCACUUUACUAUGCGAGCUCGAUGAUGUUGGCGGCGAGGUGAAAUGGUUUAAGGGCGAUCAAGAAAUCGUUCCUGACAAGAGGGUACAAGUGAAGGAGGAGGGUCGCAAGAGGAAACUUAUUAUCAAAGAUGCCAAAGUUACUGACGCUGGUCUUUACUCUUGUGUGAGCAAUGCUGAUAAAACAGAGGCCGAACUCGUUGUUAACUAUCUCAAUCGCUUCAACAAGAAGCUCAAGGAUACCGUGGCUGUGGAACGUGAGAAGCUGGUUCUUGAUGUUGAGCUUGAAGAUCAAACGGCUGCGGCCAAUUGGCUUUUCAAUGGUCAACCUAUCGUGCCCAAUGAGAGGGUCGAGAUUAAGAAUCUUGGUGGUGGUAAACAUCAACUGGUCUUCAACAAGUUGGAGAUGGAAGACGAUGGCGAGAUCACUUGCGAGAGUGGAGAACUCAAGAGCUCCUGCAAACUUACCGUGAAGAAAGGAGAGAGCAAGCCAAUUGUUGAAAUACCGGACAAGGUCGAAGGACCUUGCAGUGCACCCAUCGUUUUCGUCGUGCCAUUCAAAAUCGACGGAACUAAGCAGACUCCGGUAGAAGCCAAAUUGCUCAAGGAUGGUAAGCCACUUCCUCUCAAGGACGUUGAGGUAAUUGUCGGCGAGGACAAGGUGACGUACAAAAUUAAAAAGCCACAGCGCGACCAAUCUGGCGUUUACCAAGUUAAAAUUGGAAAUGCUCAAGGGGAGGAGAUCAAAGAUGUCAACAUUGUUAUGCAAGACGUUCCGUCUCCACCAAAUGAUGUCAAUGUCACUGACAUCUUCCAGACCUCUUGCGUGGUUUCGUUCAAACCUUCGAAGGACGAUGGUGGUUCUCCGAUCACCAUGUAUGUAAUCGAGCGUUUGGAUAUGAGCCUCAAGUCGCAAUGGGAUAACGUAGGUGAGGUCAAGCCUGGAGAGAAAUACGUCUACAAGGUGGAAGAUCUUAUCCCUAAAAAGGAGUACAAAUUUCGCAUCCGUGCUGUGAACAAGCUUGGCUCCAGCGAACCAGCACUAUUCGCCAAACCAGUCUUGGCUAAAGAUCCUUGGGACGAACCUGGAAAACCUGGAAACGUGGAGGUCACAGACUGGGACAAGGAUCAUGCAGAUCUGAAGUGGACCAAACCCGAGAACGAUGGUGGCGCACCCAUCACCGGUUACGUUAUUGAGUACAAAGAGAAGUUCGGCAAGGAAUGGGUCAAAGGUAAAGAAAUCGAAGGCGACAUCACUCAAGCUACCAUCGAUGGACUUAAGGAGGGAACUCAAUAUGAGUUCCGCAUCCGGGCUGUAAACAAGGCUGGACCUGGUGAACCAUCCGAUGCUACCAAACCCAUAAUCGCCAAAUCUCGCUUCGUGAAACCAUACAUCAUUGGCGAUCAAUUGACGAAUCUGAUUGUUAAAAAGGGACAAGUCAUCAAGUACGAUAUCAAGUAUGGUGGUGAACCCGAACCUGAGGUACACUGGUUCCUGGGAGAAAAAGAACUCGUUCAAGAUGCUGCCGAGAGACUCACCAUUGACAAGUACGAACGGAAUACUGUUCUUACUGUAAGGAAAACAACCAGGCCUGAUUCUGGAAAAUACAAAUUGGUAUUGACAAACGGCUCUGGUACUUGUGAAAGUAUAGCUGACGUCGUCGUACUCGAUAAACCAGCAUCCCCAACUGGUCCACUCAAGGUCGAGGAAGUUCGCUCUGAUCAUGUCAAAGUUAAAUGGCAAAGACCUGCGGAUAAUGGUGGUUCCGACCUCACAGGAUACGUUUUGGAGAAGAUGGACAUGGACACCGGACGGUGGAUUCCGGCAGGAGAAGUGGGUCCUAACGAGGACUCCUUCACAUUCCAGGGUUUGACUCCCAAAAAGAAGUACAAGUUCCGUGUCAAGGCUGUUAACAAGGAGGGCGAAUCUGAACCUCUUGAAACCGAUGAGGCCAUCGUCGCUAAGAAUCCAUAUGAUGAGCCUGGUAAACCUAGCAAACCUGAAAUAUUUGACUACGACAAUGUCAGCGUAUCCCUGAAGUGGGUCAAACCUGAAAACGAUGGAGGUCGUCCAAUAACACAUUACACCGUAGAGAUGAAGGACAAAUUCUCACCUGAUUGGAUCGAAGUCGCCAAGACUUCUGAUCCUACUCCUGAGGCUAAGGUCGAAGGUCUCAAGGAGAAGAUGAUUUACCAAUUCCGUGUCAGAGCUCAUAAUAAGGCUGGUCCAUCCGAACCUAGUGAGGCUACUGACAACCAUCUCUGCAAACACAAGAACCUGAAACCAAGAAUCGACCGUAGCACGUUGAAGUCUAUUAUAAUCAAGGCUGGACGUACUCAUAAGUGGGCAGUUGACGUAAGCGGCGAACCUGCUCCUGAACUUAAAUGGGUCUGGAGAGACAACAUCCCCUUGACAAAUACCGAACGCAUUAAGAUUGAGAAUGUUGACUAUCAUACUGAUUUCACGAUCAUUAAUGCAGUAAGAAAAGAUACCGGAAAAUACACUCUAAUAGCUGAAAAUGCUAAUGGCAAGGACGAAGAAACUGUUGAGCUUACUGUUCUUGGAAAACCAAGCGCACCUAAAGGACCAUUGGUAGUAUCCGAUGUGACAAACACUACCGCCAAGGUCAAAUGGGAGAAACCAGAAGACGAUGGUGGAUCCCCGAUCAAAGAGUAUGAGGUGGAAAAGAUGGACACAAAGACAGGAAAAUGGGUCAGGGUUGGCAAGAUACCUGGAAAUUCUCCAAAAACCGAAUUGGAUAUUACUGGAUUAAAUCCUGGAAGCGAAUACAAAUUCCGAGUGACUGCCAUUAAUGAUGAAGGUGAUUCGGAGCCGCUCGAGAGCGAGCGGGGAGUCAUCGCCAAGAAUCCUUACGAUGAACCACUUAAACCCGGAACCCCUGAAAUCACCGAUUAUGAUAACGAAUCCGUCAGUCUUAAAUGGACUGCACCUGAGCACGAUGGAGGUGCUCCAAUUGAAAAGUACAUCAUCGAGAAGAAAGAUCGAUACAAGCCUGAUUGGGAGAAAGCUAUCGAGGUUCCCGGAAAUGAAUUGGCGGCUAAAGUACCUGAUCUUAAAGAACGUGGAGAAUAUCAAUUCAGAGUUAUCGCCGUGAACAAGGCUGGACCUUCACAACCAUCUGACGCAUCCAAGAUGCAGAUCUGCAAACACAAAGCACUUAAACCAAGGAUCGACCGCACGAACUUGAAACCGAUUAUUGUCAGGGCUGGCAAGCCUAUCAAGUACGAUGUUGAUGUACGUGGUGAACCACCUCCAGAGAUUACCUGGAUUCACGCAAAUACUGAAGUCAAGUCCGGUGGAAAUGUUGAAAUCAUUAAUGUUGAUUACAACACUAAAAUCAGCAUUACAGACUCUGUCAGAAAGAACACUGGUGUCUGGAAAAUUCGGGCAGUGAAUGCUCACGGUGAGGACGAGGCGGAAGUUGAAGUCACUGUUCUUUCUGCACCUGGAAAACCAAAGGGUCCUUUGAAAGUAUCAGACGUCACUAAAAACGGAUGUAAAGUCAAGUGGGAGAAACCCGAAGACGAUGGCGGUAAACCCAUCACCGGAUACGCGGUUGAGAAGCUCGACAAAUCUACUGGUCGUUGGGUUCCUGUUGGACGUACCACAGAACCAGAGAUGGAAAUCAAGGGUCUUCAGGAUGGCCAUGAGUACGAGUUCAGAGUGAAGGCACUGAAUGAGGAAGGAGAAUCCGAACCAUUGACAACCGAUGGUGCCAUUGUCGCCAAGAAUCCUUAUGAUAUCUCGAGCAAGCCAGGAACACCUGAAUUCGAGGACUGGGAUGUGGAUCGCGUGGAUCUCAAGUGGGAACCACCAAAAAACAAUGGUGGAGCACCAAUCACUGGUUAUGUCAUUGAGAAGAAAGAGAAAUUUACUAGUCACUGGGAAGAAGCUUUAGUGACAGAUUCCCCGAAUCCAAAAGCACGUGUUCCUGGUCUUAAGGAAGGUUCUACUUACCAAUUCCGUGUAAGAGCUGUUAAUAAGGCUGGAACAUCUGAACCUAGUGAUCCAACCAAACCGCAUGUUGCCAAGGCUCGAUUCCUCAAGCCACACAUUAACCGCGAAAAACUUCAGACGGUUAAGGUAAGAGCUGGUCAAUUGGUGAAAUUGGAUGUUGACGUUAAGGGUGAACCUCCUCCAACCAUCACCUGGAGCUUUGCUGGAAAAGUCCUUGAAACAAGUGCCAAUGUCAAAAUUGACAACGAGGACUAUAACACCAAGAUUCAACUUUCAAAUACUAGCCGCAAAGCUACUGGCAAAUAUACCAUCAAGGCCGUCAAUGAUUCUGGUCAGGAUGAGGCCGACGUAGAAAUUAUUAUCCUUGACAAACCCGGCAAACCGGAAGGACCUCUGGAAGUAACUGACGUCCACAAGGAAGGCUGCAAGCUCAAGUGGAAGAAACCAAAGGAUGAUGGUGGUCUACCAUUGACCAGUUACGUUGUCGAGAAGAUGGAUACCACGACUGGUCGUUGGGUACCUGCUGGUUUCGUUGAUCCUGAAAAGACUGAACAUGCCAUCACUGGUCUGGAACCUGGCAAGAAAUAUGAAUUCCGUGUCAAGGCUGUCAAUGAAGAGGGUGAAUCUGAGCCAUUACAGACAGACACCGCCAUCUUGGCAAAGAACCCAUAUGAUGCACCAGCAGCACCAGGUCUACCGGAAAUUGUAGACUGGUCGGAGAACAUGGUCAAGCUUAAGUGGGAACCGCCCAUUAGGGAUGGUGGUGCACCAAUCACUGGAUACAUCAUUGAAAUGAAGGACAAGUUCGGUACAAAUUUCGUAAAAGCUGCUGAAAUUGAAGGUCCUACCUGUAGUGGUAUCGUACCCAAACUUCAAGAAGGCAAUCAGUACCAAUUCCGUGUGAAGGCUGUCAACAAAGCUGGUCCUGGAGAACCUAGUGAAGCUACCAAUCCGCAUACUGCCAAGGCCCGUUACCUGAAACCAUACAUCGAUCGUACCAACCUUCAACCCGUAACCGUUAAGGCUGGUCUUACGUUGACCCUUGAUGUCAACAUUAUCGGCGAACCAGCACCUACUGUUACCUGGACUUUCAAGGACAAGGAAGUUGUCUCAGACAAUGUCAUCCGCAUUGAUAACGUGGAUUACAAUACCAAGUUCUUCAUCUUGAAGGCGAAGCGCGCACUCACUGGCAAAUAUGUUGUCACGGCCAAGAACGAGGUCGGCGAAGAUACAGCCGAAGUUGAAAUCACUGUUCUUGGCAAACCAAGCAAGCCAAAGGGUCCAUUGGAAGUAUCCGACGUUACCAAACAUGGAUGCAAGCUUAAAUGGAAGAAACCGGAGGACGAUGGUGGUACUCCUGUCGAGUACUAUGAAAUUGAAAAACUGGAUCCUCUAUCCGGGCAAUGGGUACCCUGUGGUAGGUCCACGGAACCUGAAGCAAACAUCACUGGGCUUCAGGAAGGCAAACCUUACAAAUUCCGUGUGAAGGCAGUCAACAAGGAAGGCGAAUCUGAAGAUCUUGAGGCAGACAAGUCCAUCAUCGCCAAGAAUCCCUUCGAUGAACCUGGAAAACCUGGCCGUCCUGAACUCAAAAACUGGGACAAGGACUUCGUAGAUCUCGAAUGGACCCCACCUGUCGAUGAUGGAGGUGCUCCAAUUGAGAAGUACAUCGUACAGAUGCGCGACAAGGAGGGCAGACAGUGGGUUGACGCUGCUAAGGUUCCUGGAGAUCGUACCGCGGCCAAGGUUACCGAUGGUAUCGAAGAAGGACACGAAUACGAGUUCCGUAUCGUUGCUGUUAACAAAGCUGGACCUGGAGAACCUAGUGACACUUCAAAGAGUGUUAUCGCCAAACCACGAUUCCUUGCUCCACGCAUCGACCGUAAGAACCUCCAAAAGAAGGUGAUGCGAGUCGGACAAAUGCUCAGAAUCGAAGCUGAUAUUAAGGGUGAACCUGCACCUAAAGUUACGUGGAAACUCAAGGAUACGAUUCUUAAGUCUAUGGAUCGGUUGAAGAUUGAGAAUGAAGAUUACCACACCACCUUCAUCUUCAGUAAAUUGAAGAGGAUUGAUACUGGUACCUACACUGUUAUUGCUCAGAAUGACAGUGGAACUGACCAGGUCGAUGUAGAGAUACAGGUGUUGAGCAAACCAAGCAAGCCAAAGGGACCACUGCAAGUGUCCGACGUGACUGCAGAAGGAUGCAAACUAAAAUGGGAUAAACCAGAGGAUGAUGGUGGUGAACCUAUAGAUCAUUACCUCAUUGAGCGUAUGGACACUGAGACCGGUCGCUGGGUGCCAUGUGGUACCAGUAAGACACCGGAAGCGGACGUUAGUGGUCUGAACGAGGGCAAGGAUUAUCAGUUCCGAGUGAAGGCCGUUAAUAACGAGGGAGAGUCCGAACCUUUGGAGACGACUAUUCCAACCACUGCUAAGAAUCCAUACUCUGCACCGGACGCUCCUGGUAAACCAGAACUCAAAGACUGGGACAGAAACCACGUGGAUCUAAAAUGGACAGCGCCAAAAGAUAACGGUGGCGCACCCAUUGAGAAGUAUAUCAUCGAGAAGAAGGACCAAUAUGGAAAGUGGCAGAAGGCCGCUGAAGUUCCUGGAAACAAAACAGAGGGUAAAGUCGCUGACCUCGUUGAAGGUCAGAAAUAUCAGUUCCGUGUAAAGGCUGUUAAUAAGGGUGGGGAGAGUAAACCUAGUGAAGCCAGUGAUACCCUCUUGGCCAAGGAUCGUUAUGCUGCACCUAAGAUCGAUCGCAGUACUCUCAAAGACCUUACAAUCAAAGCUGGAAAUCAUAUUCGUCUGGAUGUUAAAGUCAGUGGUGAACCUCCUCCAACUAAGACUUGGUUCUUGAAUAAGGCCAAGCAGGAGUCCAGCGACGGCUUGACCAUUGAGGUAGAGGACUACAAGACCAAGUUCGUUGUCUCUUCAGCCACUAGGGCCCACUGUGGUACCCUCACUCUUAAGGCGGAAAAUGGCUCUGGAAAGGAUGAGGCCUCUAUCGAGAUCAUUGUCUUAGAUAAACCUGGCACACCGGAAGGACCGCUUAAGGUCUCCGAUGUACACAAGGAAGGCUGCAAGCUCAAGUGGAAUCCUCCAUUGGACGAUGGCGGUGCUCCGAUCGACCAUUAUGUCGUGGAGAAGAUGGAUACCGAGUCUGGAAGAUGGAUUCCUGUAGGACGCACUAAGGAACCCAAUAUGGAGAUAGAAAAUCUCGUACCUGGGCAGGAAUACAAGUUCAGGGUGGCGGCUGUGAAUGCUGAGGGCGAGUCCGAACCCCUAGAGACUGAACAUGGCAUCAUCGCCAAGAAUCCAUUCGACGAACCCGGUGCACCUGGACGACCGGAGGCUACUGACUGGGACAAGGAUCACGUUGACCUCAGAUGGACUCCACCUGCUAAGGACGGUGGAUCUCCAAUCACUGGCUAUGUGAUCGAAAAACGCGAGAAAGGUUCUCCACGUUGGUUCAAGGCUGCAGAGAUCAGUGGACCCGAGUGCAAGGGUCGGGCUGAUAAUCUUGAUGAGGGUGUUGAGUACGAAUUCCGUGUUAAGGCUGUCAAUGCUGCUGGACCUGGUGAACCUUCCGAUGCUAGCAAAUCUGUCGUUGCGAAAUGUCGAAGACUGCCGCCGAAGAUCGAUAGGAAGAACCUGCGCGACCUUACUGUUCGCGAGGGUGAAUCUUUCCACUUUGAUGUCAAGGUUAUUGGUGAACCUGCACCCGACGUCACCUGGGUCAUUAACAAUAAGAGUAUCCAGCAGACCAGCUACCGUAGAGUGGAAAAUGUUCCUUACAAUACCAAGUUCUUCAAUGACAAACCUGAACGCAAGGAUUCCGGUGUUUAUAAAAUCACUGCUGUCAAUCAGUAUGGCUCCGACACUGCUGAGGUCGAAGUGACCGUCGUCUCUAAGCCUAGCAAGCCUGAAGGACCGCUGGAAGUAUCCGACAUCCACAAGGAUGGAUGCACCCUCAAGUGGAAGAAACCCAAGGACGAUGGAGGCGAACCUCUCGAAGGUUACCUGGUUGAGAAAUUCGAUCCGGAUACAGGAGUCUGGCUUCCGGUGGGCAAGACCACCAACCCCGAGAUGAAGGUAGAUGGUUUGAUACCUGGUCAUGAAUAUAAAUUCAGAGUAAAGGCUCUGAACAAGGAAGGCGAGUCCGAACCACUGGAGACCUUCGGAUCCAUCAUCGCCAAGGACCCCUUCACUGUACCAAGUGCACCAGGAGCUCCAGAACCAACAGACUGGACCGCUAACCAGGUUGACUUGAUCUGGAAGGAACCAGUCAGUGAUGGCGGUUCGCCAAUCACUGGGUACAUCAUCGAGAAGAAGGACAAGUAUAGCUCCAUGUGGGAAAAAGCUCUGGAGACCAACACCGCCACGCCUCAAGCUUUGAUUCAUGGAUUGAUUGAAGGAAAUGAUUAUCAGUUCCGCGUGAUCGCUCUGAACAAGGCCGGCCAAUCGGAACCAGGGGAGGCUAGUAAGACCUUUACUGCCAAGCCACGCUUUUUGGCUCCGAAGAUUGACCGACGUAAUCUGCGUGACGUUACACUAUCUGCGGGUGCCACUCUUAAAUUCGAUGCUAACGUCAUUGGUGAACCUCCACCAAGCAUCGAGUGGCGCUACGGUGCGAUUCCAUUGCACUCUGGAAAGAAUAUUCAGAUUGAUAAUAUUGAUUACAAUACCAAACUCGUGAUCCGUCCCGUUGCACGUGGUGAUAGUGGCGACUACAUCGUCACUGCCACCAACAAUUCCGGAAAGGAUACCGUUACGAUCAAGGUCACUGUGACUGACAAACCUACUGCACCAGAAGGACCUCUUCAAAUAUCCGACGUUCAUAAGGAAGGUUGCAAACUCAAGUGGAAACGUCCUAAAGAUGAUGGUGGCACUCCCAUUGAAUAUUACCAAGUUGAUAAGAUGGAUCCAGAAACCGGAUGCUGGAUACCCUGUGCAAGAUCCACCGAACCAAAUGUCGAGGUCACCGGCCUGACACCUGGCAAGGAGUACAAAUUCCGUGUUGCUGCUGUUAACGCUGAAGGCGAGUCCGAACCUUUGGUCGCGGAAGAGACCAUCGUCGCGAAGAAUCCGUUUGAUGAGCCUGGUAAGCCAGGAAAUCUCCAAGCUACGGAUUGGGACAAAGAUCAUGUUGACCUCAAGUGGACUCCACCCAUCUCCGAUGGUGGCGCACCAAUAACAGGUUAUAUUGUCGAGAAGAAAGACAAAUAUGGUCAAUGGGAAAAAGCUUUGGAAGUACCAGCUGAUCAAACCAAGGCAACAGUACCUGACCUGAUCGAAGGUCAGCCCUAUGAAUUCCGUGUUAGAGCAGUUAAUAAGGCUGGACCUGGUGAACCAUCUGACGCUACCCCGACCAUCAUUGCCAAACCACGCAAUCUAGCUCCGAAGAUUGACCGCACAAACCUCAUCGAGGUGAAGAUCAAAGCUGGACAGAACUUCGGUUUCGACGUAAGAGUUACUGGUGAACCGGCACCUACAACUAAGUGGUUGCUUGGCACCAGGGAAGUCAGUUCAUCUGAGCGUGUCAAGGUUAAGCACGUCGAGUACAAUACCAGUCUCAAUGUCAGGAUGGCUACUCGUGCUGAGUCUGGCAGGUAUACCGUAACCGCCGAGAACGUCAACGGUAAGGACGUCGCUUACGUCAAUGUUAUCGUGCUGGAUAAGCCCAGCCCGCCUCAGGGACCACUCAAGGUCUCAGACGUCCACGCUGAGGGUUGCAAACUCUCAUGGAAACCUCCUGAAGAUGACGGUGGCCAACCGGUCGAGAAGUACAUCGUCGAGAAGAUGGACGAAGCCUCCGGAAGAUGGCUACCUGCUGGAGAGACUGAUGGACCUCAGACCCAUCUAGAUGUCGACGGUUUGAUUCCUGGACAUAAAUACAAGUUCCGUGUUCGCGCUGUCAACAAGCAAGGCAAAUCUGAGCCACUCACUACCAGCCAGAGUAUCGAAGCCAAGAAUCCGUUUGAUGAACCUGGUAAACCUGGUACUCCAGAAAUUCGUGACUACGACACCGACUUUGUUGAGCUGCAGUGGGAUAGACCUACAGAAGAUGGGGGCUCACCUAUUAGUGGUUAUAUCAUUGAGAAACGUGACAAAUACAGCCCGGACUGGGAGAAAUGUGCCGAGGUUGAGGGCGACGUCAACCGUGGUAAGGUACCUGAUUUGAUUGAAGGCACUCAGUAUGAGUUCCGCGUGAGAGCGGUAAACAAGGCUGGACCUGGUGAACCUUCGGACGCGACUAAACCACAUGUUGCCCGACCCAAGAAUCUGCCGCCAAAGAUCGACCGCAAGUACAUGCUUGACGUGAAAGUGAAAGCCGGAGGAUUCUUUGACUUUGACGUUCCCGUCAUUGGUGAACCUCCUCCAUCCAAGGAGUGGUCUCUCAAAGGUGACACGGUCCUUCCUAGCGACCGUAUUAGGAUUAUAAACGAAGACUACAACACCAAAGUCAAGAUCGUGGAAGCCAAACGCUCCGAUUCUGGAGUCUAUACCCUUACCGCAAAGAACAUCAACGGGAGGGACACGGCUACCCUCAAUGUGACUGUCCUGGAUGUUCCAUCACCGCCAGAAGGUCCACUCAAGAUUAACGACAUUACCAAGAACGGAUGCAGCAUAGCCUGGAGGCCACCGAAGGACGAUGGCGGUUCAGAGAUCCAGUAUUACACCGUCGAGAAAAUGGACACUGAGAGCAUGCGAUGGGUACCUGUCGCAGAAGUUUCUUCCACCCAUGCCAGGGUCGACCACCUAAUCGAAGGUCACGAUUACAACUUCAGAGUACGCGCUGUCAACAAACAGGGUGAAUCUGCUCCAUUAACUGGUAUAGAGGCUAUCACGGCCAAGGAUCCAUAUGGCAAACCAGACAAACCUGGUGCACCAGUCGCUACCGACUGGGACAAAGAUCACGUUGACCUGGAAUGGGCUCCUCCUAAAAAAGAUGGAGGAUCUCCAAUCACUGGUUACAUUAUCGAAAAGAGACCGCGGUAUGGACAGUGGGAGAAGGCUGUUGAGAUACCUGGAAACCAGACCAAAGGUACCGUACCCGACUUGACCGAAGGCCAGGAAUAUGAAUUCAGGGUGAUUGCUGUAAACAAGGGAGGACCCGGUGAACCUUCGGAGGCUUCUGCACCGAUUAUCGCUAAGCCUCGCUUCUUGGCACCUACCUUCGACAAACAUCUUCUCGGAGAUCUGGUUGUCCGUGCUGGACAGAAGAUCAGCUACAACAUCCCCAUCGAGGCUUCUCCAAAGCCUACUGCCAAAUGGACCAUCAAUGGUACUCCAGUCCAAGCCGACACACGCCAUGAGAUCUAUACUAGCAAUACUUACACGAGUUUCGAAAUUCCUUUCUCCGUUCGCUCUGAUGGCGGACGUUAUACUCUCACUUUGGAAAACGACUUGGGUACUUGCAGUGCGAGCGCAACAGUGACAGUCUUGGACAAACCCGCACCUCCAGAGAAACCUCUCGACGUCAGCGGAAUCACAAAGGAGAGUUGUCACUUAACUUGGAGAGUUCCUCUUGACGACGGUGGUAGCCCCAUUCUUCACUACGUCAUUGAGAAGAUGGAUCUAUCCCGUGGAACAUGGUCAGAUGCUGGCAUGAGCGUCUUACUGAAUCACGAGGUGACUCGAUUGGUCCACCGCAAGGAAUAUCUUUUCCGCGUCAAAGCUGUUAACAACAUUGGCGAAUCCGAGCCUCUGGAGACCAGCAAGAGCAUCAUCGCCAAGAACGAGUUCGAUGAACCCGAUGCACCUGGCAAACCUCGCGUUACAGACUGGGACAAGGAUCACGUGGACCUCGACUGGACCCCACCGAAGAACGAUGGUGGUUCACCAAUCACCGGGUACAUUAUUCAGAAGAAAGAAAAGGGCAGUCCAUAUUGGGUAAACGCUGUUCACGUUCCAUCAGGUCAGAACAAAGCAACCGUUCCCGAUCUGACCGAGGGUCAGGAAUAUGAGUUCCGCGUUAUCGCAGUGAACACUGCUGGACAGUCUGAACCAUCUGAACCUAGCGAUCUCGUCACUGCCAAGGCACGUUAUCUCGCACCUAAGAUAAAGACACCUCUUCAGGACAUCCGUAUCAAGGCUGGUCUUAUAUUCCACGUGGAUAUCGACUUCGUGGGUGAACCUGCCCCUGAGGUUACCUGGACAGUAGGCAGCAAAAACUUGGUUACCGACGAAAGGACCACCGUUACUUCUAUCGGUUAUCACACCAUCGUCCAUACGGUUAAUGCCAAGAGGUCAGAUUCCGGAGUGUACCAUUUGGCGCUGAAGAACAGCAGUGGAAGCGACGAGGGUAGCUUCCAGCUUAUUGUCCUAGACAGACCCGGACCACCUGAAGGUCCUCUGCAAUAUGAAGAAAUCACAAACCAAUCCGUCACUCUAUCCUGGAAACCACCUAAGGAUAAUGGAGGCAGUGAAAUCACUGGCUACGUCAUCGAGAAACGUGACCUUACCCAUGGUGGUGGUUGGGUACCAGCUGUUACCUAUGUCAACCCGAAAUAUAAUCAUGCUACUGUACCCAGGCUCCUUGAAGGCACCAAAUAUGAAUUCCGCGUGUCUGCCGAAAAUCUUCAAGGUCGUUCCGAUCCACUGAACACUGAUCGUCCAGUUGUCGCCAAAAAUCAGUUUGUGGUACCUGGACAACCUGGUAAGCCUGAAUGCGUCGAUGCUGAUAAAGAUCACAUCAAGAUCAAGUGGUCUCCACCAAUUAGCAACGGAGGGUCACCAAUCAUUGGUUACGACGUCGAGCGUCGUGACAGAGCUACCGGUCGCUGGAUAAAGGUGAAUAAGGAACCAGUCAGGAACAAUGAAUACUACGACGACCACGUAACUGAAGGACAUCAAUACGAGUACCGAGUGUCAGCCAUUAACGCAGCUGGUGCUGGCAAACCUAGUGACACUUCAGCUGUCUUCACGGCUAAGCCGAUGAAGGAGAAGCCCAAGCUUUACCUGGAUGCUCUUAUUGGUCGCAAGAUCAAGGUUAGGGCUGGUGAACCGAUUAAUAUUAACAUUCCUCUCUCUGGGGCUCCAACACCUACCGUCGACUGGACCAAAAAUUCCACCAGGCUUACAGAAACUCUUCGCGUAUCAACUGAAACAAAGAGCGACCAUACGGUGCUGCUGAUCGAGAAAUCCGUCAGGGAUGAUGGCGGCAAAUACACAGUCACCGCGAAGAACGAGUAUGGAAAAGACUCUGCUGAUAUCGAGGUUAUCGUUGUGGACAAACCUGGUCCACCAAGAGGUCCAUUACAGUACACUGCUACCACGCAGGAGACCGUUUCCCUAUCCUGGAGUCCACCAAGCGAUGAUGGAGGAUCCGAUAUCACCAAUUAUAUUGUUGAGGUCUCCGAUUAUGGUGCAGAGAACUGGCGCCAAGUACCUGGUUACUGUGCCACGACCAAUUUCACUGCUAAGGGACUUACAGAAGGUCGUAGAUAUGUCUUCAGAGUUCGCGCUGAGAAUAUGUAUGGUGUUUCUGAACCUCUCGACGGCAAACCUGUCGUUGCCAAGAGUCCGUUCGAUCCUCCAGACGCACCAAGUCAACCUGAGAUUCUUGGUUACACGCCUAAUAGUUGCAGUCUCCAAUGGAAUCCACCAAUCUACACUGGUGGAAAGCCUAUCACUGGUUACUAUGUCGAGAAACGUGAGCGUGGUGGUGAAUGGCUGAAGGUGAACAAUUAUCCCACGCCAAAUACCUCCUUCACGGUUCAGGAUCUUCAUGAGGGAUCUAGAUACGAGUUCAGGGUGGUCGCCGUCAACGAGGCGGGUCCUGGAAAACCCAGCAAACCCACCGAACCCAUCACUGCCGGACACCAGCGUCUGCGUCCGGAUGCUCCGGAACCACCAAAGGCGGAUCGUAUCACCAAGGACUCUGUGACCUUGUCUUGGAGGCCACCACGUAACGAUGGCGGUGCCAAGAUCAGAGGAUACUUAAUCCAAAAGAAGGCCAAGGGCGACAGCGAUUGGUCCGAUGUAAAUGGAGCACCAGUACCGACCAAUGUAUACACGGUGCCUAAGUUAACUGAAGGCGAGGAAUACCUGUUCCGUGUAAUAGCUGUAAAUGAUGUGGGUAACAGUGACCCAAGCAAACCAAGCCUCCCCAUCGUUAUCGAGGAACAACCUAAUAAACCUGUUAUGGACCUUGGCGGUGUGCGCGACAUCACAGUACGUGCCGGAGAAGACUUCUCAAUCCACGUACCCUAUAUCGGCUUCCCGAAACCGACAGCCACCUGGUUCGCUAAUGACGUGAUCAAGGACGAAUCCGACUCUAGAGUUCAUCAACAGCUUGCCGACGACUACGCCAGUCUUGUCGUCAAGAACUCUAAGAGAUCCGACGCUGGUCAAUAUCGUCUCCAGUUGCGUAAUCCUUCUGGCUUUGACACGGCCACUAUUAAUGUCCGCGUCCUGGAUCGUCCUUGUCCACCAGAGAAUCUGCGUGCCGAUGAAUUUGGCGGCGACGCACUCACUCUCUAUUGGAAUCCACCCAAAGACAAUGGCGGUGCUGAGAUCACGAAUUACGUCAUUGAGAAGCGUGAACCACGUUCUCCAACCUGGUCGAAGGUUAGCAGCUACGUCACUACGCCAUUUGUACGCGUACGUAACCUGACCAUUGGUCGUGAAUAUGAAUUCCGUGUAAUGGCUGAGAAUCAAUACGGAACGUCCGAUCCAGCCACAACCAUCGAUCCGAUUAGAGCCAGACAUCCAUUUGAUCCUCCUGGUGCACCUGGAGCUCCACGUGGUCUGGAGACAACCGAAGACAGCAUCACCAUCACCUGGACGAAACCUCGUCACGAUGGCGGCUCACCAAUCACUGGAUACGUCAUUGAAAGGCGUUUGCUCAGCGAAGAUAAAUGGGUCAAGGCUACUCAGGCUCAUGUUCCUGACACUACCUACAGGGUUGGUGGCCUCAUUGAGAACCAUGACUAUGAGUUCCGUGUGGCUGCUGUAAAUGCAGCUGGUCAGGGUCCAUGGAGUUCAAGCUCUGACGCUAUCCGUGCAAGUGCACCUGCUUCUGCUCCAAAGAUUACCAGCGAUCUCAGCAUUCGCGACAUGACUGUCAUUGCUGGCGAGCCAUUCACCAUAACUGUGCCAUACACGGCCCAUCCGAAACCUAAACCUACCUGGACCAUCAACGGAGAAGAUGUCCUUACUGAUGACAGGAUUAAGUUUGAUACUAGUGACAUUGCCUCUCAGUUUAUCAACAAAAAGGCUAAGAGAACUGACACUGGAAAUUACACGAUCCACCUUACUAAUACUGUUGGAACCGAUUCUGCUUCUUGCAAGGUCCUCGUCGUUGACAAGCCAUCUCCUCCACAAGGACCUUUGGACAUUAGCGACAUCACUCCUGAAACCUGUACUCUGUCGUGGAAACCACCCACCGACGAUGGUGGAUCACCAAUCACUAACUACAUUGUGGAGAAACUCGAUCCUUCAGGCAUCUGGGUGAAAGUCAGCAGCUUUGCCAGAAACACCCACUACGACGUGAUUGGUUUAGAACCAAACCGCAAGUACAACUUCCGCGUUCGUGCCGAGAAUCAGUACGGCGUUUCCGAUCCUCUGGAAGCUGACGAACCAAUAAUGGCAAAGUUCCCAUUCACGGUGCCAGAUCCACCGGGUCAACCUCGAAUCACGGAUUGGGAUAUCGACUGCGUAACUUUGAACUGGGACAGACCAAGGUCCGACGGUGGAUCGCGUAUCCAGGGUUACAAGAUCGAGUUCAGGGACCCAGCCGAAGAUGCACAAUGGCGUAUUGCUAAUGACUACCUGGUCAAGGACACCACUUACGUCUGCUACAGUCUUCUGAGUGGACAUGAAUACGAGUUCCGUGUGCGUGCUAAAAACGCCGCUGGUUUCAGCAAACCAAGUCCACCGUCUUCUCAGUUCAAGCUCAAGAGCAAGUUCAACGUGCCAUCACCACCAGGUACUCCGCAAGUCGUCAAGGUUGGCAAGAACUAUGUCGACCUCAAAUGGGAGGCACCAGCAUCUGACGGUGGUAGUCGAAUCACUGGCUACGUCGUGGAGAAACGCGAGUUGGGUGGUGCUCUCUGGGUUAAGUGCAAUGAUUACAACGUCAUGGAUACUGAAUACACUGUAAUGCAUCUGAUUGAACGUGGAGACUACGAAUUCCGUAUAUUCGCCGUGAAUGCUGCAGGAAGGUCUGAGCCAAGCUCUUGCACGACCCCGGUGAAGAUCUGCGAAGUCGAAGGUGGCAAGAAGCCAGAGUUCCUGCGUCCACUUCCAGUCAGCGUCGGCGUCCCUCUUGGGAAGACCCACGUAUUCGAGUGCGAGGCUGAUGGCAAACCUAUUCCGACAGCCAGGUGGAUGAAGAACGGUCGCGAGAUCACCGUUGGCGGCAGAUUCAGAACUGAAACGCGAGAAGGUCUCUUCAGACUUGUCAUCUCCGAAGUUUGGGAUGCUGACGAUGGCGACUACACUUGCCAGGCAACGAACCCGCUUGGUCAUGCCAAUACCACCUCCAGGCUCAGGAUUGGCACUCCUCCGCGUAUCGAACGCAUGCCGAAUGACCUUUACUUGCCCGAAGGUGACAAUACGAAGAUUAAGAUCUAUUACAGCGGCGAUCAGCCCAUGGAUGUCACUCUUACGAAGGACGGUCGUAAGAUUGAGGAAUCCGGUCAUAUCAAGUACACCGCCUUCGAUGAGUACCUCAUCAUCUUCAUUAAAGACAUCAAGAAAGAUGAUGGUGGACAGUAUGACCUUUCGAUUAAGAAUGAUAGUGGUAGUGUCAGUGCAUCCUUCAAUGUUUACAUCACUGGCUUGCCAGGACCUCCGAUUGGACCUCUCGAUGUCUCCGACAUUGAUAAGCACACCUGCACCCUUACCUGGCAUCCACCUAAGUACGAUGGUGGCCUUCGUAUCACCCAUUACGUCGUGGAGCGUCGCGACGUCAGCCAUACUCACUGGAUCAUCGUCACUUCCUUCUGCAAGGAGACGACCUUUGUUGUCCAGGGCUUGACCGAGGGUCAGGAAUAUCUGUUCCGUGUCAUGGCUGUCAAUGACAACGGCAUGGGACCUCCUCUCGAAGGUGCCAAUCCGAUCAAGGCCAAGGCUCCAUUCGAUCCUCCAAGUGCUCCUGGAACUCCGAAGGUUAUCGAAAUUGGUGGCGACUUCGUCAACCUUUCUUGGGACAAACCAGAAAGCGACGGUGGUUCUCGCAUCCAAGGAUACUGGGUGGACAAACGCGAGGUCGAUAGUCAGGCCUGGCAGCGUGUAAAUGUCUCAAUCAGUCUUACCAACCAGAUCAACAUCAGCAAUCUAAUCGAUGGCCGACAAUACGAGUUCAGGGUAUUCGCCCAGAACGAAGCAGGUCUUAGUCCAGAAUCCAAGGCUUCAACCUCUGUAAAGAUCAAGGAUCCUCAGGAAUCGACACCACCGGAAGUCGUGAAGCCGCUCAGAAAUGUCAACUGCAUCCAGAAUCACAAUGCUCACUUCCAGUGUACCAUCACCGGCAAACCCAAGCCUACUAUCACCUGGUUCAAGGGUGCCCGAGAGAUCGUUAAUGGUUCUCGUUAUCAUAUCUACACCGAAGGAGAUGUGCUGAACCUUGUGAUUCACGACGUGUUCGGAGAGGAUGCUGACGAGUACUUGUGUCGUGCAGUGAACAAGGGUGGUAUCAAGUCUACCAAGGCUGAGCUCUUUAUUAUGACACCUCCCAAACUCAACGUGCCACCAAGAUUCCGCGACACCGCCUUCUUCGACAAAGGCGAGAAUGUCGUCAUCAAGAUUCCAUUCACUGGUUUCCCCAAACCCAAGAUCACCUGGGUGAGAGAGGGCGAAACCAUCGAAUCCGGUGGUCACUACGCUGUCGAGGUUAAGGAACGUCACGCCAUUCUGACCAUUAGGGACGGUAGCAAACUGGACUCAGGUCCAUACCGUAUCACCGCGGAGAAUGAUCUUGGUCAGGAUUCCGCCAUCAUUAAGAUUCAGAUCAGUGACCGUCCUGAUCCACCAAGGUUCCCACAAGUUGACAAUAUCGGUCACGACUCUUUGGCCCUUACGUGGAAACCACCUGUUUGGGACGGCGGUAGUAACAUCACGAACUACCUGGUGGAGAAACGUGAACAUCCUAUGACUAGCUGGAUCCGCGUAGGAAACACCAGGUUCUGCACUAUCGCUGUUACUGCCCUUAGCCCAGGUCAUCAAUACGAGUUCCGUGUGUUCGCUGAGAACGUCUAUGGACGUUCCGACGCGAGUGACGUCACUGGUAUCAUCACAACCAAACACAGUGGCAAGAAAGAGUUCAAGAAGAAAGAAUACGAAGUCGACGAGACUGGCAAGAAGAUUCGUGGUCGCAGCGACGAGAAAGUUCGUGAUUACGACCAGUACGUCUUCGACAUUUACAGCAAAUAUGUUCCUCAACCUGUUGAGAUAAAGCACACGUCUGUCUACGAUAAGUACGACAUCCUCGAGGAAAUAGGCACCGGAGCCUUCGGCGUGGUUCAUCGCUGUCGUGAAAGGUCUACCGGAAACAUCUUCGCCGCGAAAUUCAUCCCUGUUUCUCAUGUGAUGGAGAAGGAACUUAUCAGGAAGGAAAUAGAUAUCAUGAAUCAGCUACAUCAUCCCAAAUUAAUAAACCUCCACGACGCUUUCGAGGACGACGAUGAGAUGGUUCUCAUUUUCGAGUUCCUUUCUGGCGGAGAACUCUUCGAGAGAAUCACCGCUGAAGGAUACACCAUGUCCGAAGCUGAGGUGAUCAAUUACAUGCGCCAGAUCUGCGAAGCCGUCAAGCAUAUGCACGAAAAAAAUAUCAUCCACCUCGACAUUAAACCGGAGAACAUCAUGUGUCAGACACGUAAUAGUACCAAUGUCAAGCUCAUAGACUUUGGCCUGGCUACCAAGCUCGACCCUAACGAAGUUGUUAAGAUCAGCACUGGAACCGCUGAGUUUGCUGCACCAGAGAUCGUCGAGCGCGAGCCUGUCGGUUUCUACACUGAUAUGUGGGCAUGCGGUGUCCUGGCCUAUGUCUUGUUAAGUGGUCUCUCUCCUUUCGCCGGGGAUAACGACAUCGAAACCCUGAAGAACGUUAAGGCCUGUGACUGGGAUUUCGACGAGGAAGCAUUCCGCGAUGUGUCCGAAGAAGGCAAGGACUUCAUCAGGAGGCUCCUCAUCAAGAACAAAGAGAAGCGCAUGACGGCUCACGAGUGUCUCCGACAUGCUUGGCUCACCGGUGAUCAUAGCCAUCGCACCAAUCCCAUUGAAAGCAGUCGCUACCUCAACUUCCGCGACAAGAUCCGCGCGAAAUACGAUGAUUGGGAAAAAUACGUUCUACCCAUUGGUCGACUUGCUGAAUACUCCGCCCUCAGGAAACUCCUUAUCGAGAAGUAUAAGAUCCAUGACACAUGCUUUGACCGCAGACAAGCUGCACCUAGGUUCGUCAUCAAACCCACGAGUGCGUUUGCUUAUGAGGGCCAGAGCGUGAGAUUCACUUGCCGAGUAAUCGCUAUCGCCACACCUACCCUUACCUGGUACCACAAUAACCAGGAACUCCGACAAUCUGUCAAGUUCAUGAAACGUUACGCCGGUGAUGACUAUACCUUCGUCAUCAACAGAGUCAAGCUCGAAGACAGAGGAGAGUACAUCAUCCGUGCUGAAAAUCAUUACGGAUACAGAGAAGAGGUUGUCUUCCUCAACGUCCAACCAUUGCCCAAGGAGAUUCCUAAGUACAAGCCCGAAGUACAACCCGUUCGUAGACGCGAGCCUCUCGGCUACAACUUCUGGAUGGAAACUAGUGAAAGUGCACCUAGUUUCACAUUCCUACUUCGUCCUCGUGUCAUGCAGAUUAGACAGACCUGCAAGCUUCUUUGCUGUCUGAGUGGCAAACCACCACCCACUGUCAAAUGGUUCAAAGAUCGUCAUGAACUGUCCAAGUACGAUUACGCCAUGACGAACGCUGACGGUGUCGUGACCAUGGAAAUAGUUGAUUGUAAACCUGAGGACAGUGGCAAGUAUCGUUGCGUCGCUACAAAUUGCCACGGUACCGAUGAAACCAGUUGCGUCGUUAUAGUAGAAGGCACUGGCGAGACUGAACAACAAGCAAAAUUAGCGCAUGAUCUCUUAUACUCUGGAGACCGAAGGUAUAUCGAACAGCCCAUAAAACCAGCACCUCCACCGAUCGUCACUGUUCAAAAGUCUGGAUACAGCAACUCAAACUAUAAUGCAAGCAGCCAAAGUAGCUCCAGUCGGAACUACAACAGCACUAGCAGCUCCUCCUCCAACAUAAAGCAGAAUUCAUCUUCAUACAAAUCCUCCACUGAGUCCAGCUCAAGAGUAAACGAAUCCUCCUCGUCAGAUAAGAGAAGUGUCAAGAAAUAUGGGAGCCGAUUAGACACCACCGGUAGUCCAUCUCGAUCCAGGAGUGCCACCAAAGAACUUAUCCUUCCACCUGACGAUUCUUUAAUGAGGGCACCAGUGUUCACGCAACAGCUGAAAGACCUGACCAUCAAUGACGGCGAACAAUUAGAACUUACUGUGAAGAUUGAGGGUGACCCUGAACCUCAGGUUACCUGGUCGAAGAAUGGCAAGACACUCAGCUCAUCUGAAAUCGUCGAUCUCAAGUACAAGGGUGGCGUUGCAACCCUCCGCAUCAACGAGGUCUUCCCUGAAGACGAGGGCGAGUACAUUUGUAAAGCAACAAACAGCAUCGGAACAACGACGACCUCGUCUAAGCUCACAGUUAAACCUAUGGAAAAUGCCUCGGGAAAGAAGAAGAGCGAUGACAAACCACCAAAGAUUGUCGAUCACCUGGAUAGCAAAUUCGUGAAAGACGGUGAGGCUGUGGUUCUGAGCUGUCGCAUCAUCGGCGCAAAGAAGUUUGACGUUAUCUGGCUCCACAAUAACAAGGAGAUCAAACCCAGCAAAGACUUCCAGUACACGAGUGAAGCUAACAUCUAUAAGCUGCACAUCGCCGAGAUCUUCCCCGAAGAUUCUGGCACCUACACGUGCGAAGCCUUCAACGACGCGGGAGAGAGUUUCUCUUCCGGCACUCUCAACGUCCUCGUACCGAACGAGGAGCCCAAGAGUCCAAUGUUCACGACAUUCCCGCAGUCGGCAACCGUGAGCGAGGGGGAAAUGGUUAGCUUCACCUGCCAGACUGAAUCUGCGCCCCUCAAAGUAACAUGGCUGAAGGAUGGUAAACCCAUCGACGAGUCCAGCAGCAGGUACCACUUCAGUUCGGACGGCGACAAAUCAUACGAAAUACGUAUCAAAUCCUGCUCGGUCGGUGACGUGGGUCAGUACUCUGCUCGCGCUAUCGGCAAGAAAGGCGAAACAAAUGCAGCCUUCGCACUCAAUGUCACCGUUGCCGGUGACCUUUGAACCAGUCGCCACUGAAUAUACUCCACGCGAUAAUUAUUAUUCGAAAAACGUCUGGAUGACGUAACGAAACUAUACGACGAACGAAAAAUAGUUUGAAAGGAAGAAGCAAUGAGAAAGAGCCUUCAAUGAUGAAGAGCCGCGCGCGUAAAGUGCGCGGUCCGCGUGAUCGCUAAAAUAAUAAUGUAAAAAAUUGACGAUACAUUUAUUAUCGCUACCUAUUGUAUAAAUUAUUCUGGAACAUUGUGUUUUUCUGUGUGUUUGUCAUAAUGCAUAUCGUGUCGUUAUACAUAUACCAUUGUAUUAAUAUCACGGAUAGCAAGCGCACCUUACACGCUAAUAAGCUUCGCUGUACAUUAAGGGACGUGUACGAAGAGAUAUGCACUAAUUGCGUCAUUCUUACGCGUUCAUGAUUUACACUACAAGUCACAGGUUUGAGAUUAGAAUGCUCGUUGGAUUUGGUGUGUUUAGGGCUGUGCAGAAUCCUCCAGCAUCCUCAAUUAUACGAAACGACAUCAUCGGGACCACAGCUCACCCUAUUCCUGCCAAUAUUCUAAAGCAUUAGAAUCUCGAACGUACUUGCCGGCAUGUAUCUUCUUAUUCCAUGUAAUCAUAUACACUACCGUGUUAUAUUUGUUUGAAGACUGCUUCCGUUACAAUAUGAAUAAAAUAUUAAACAUA